AUGGCACACAUCACGAAUACAACAACGAAUAUGACCACAGACCCACGCUUCGAGAUCGACUUUGACGACGAUGGCGAGAACCCCCAGGACUGGCCCAUGAUCAAGAAAGCUCUGGUCAUCUUUUUCAUGAGCUACUCAACACUUGUUGUAGUCAUGUAUUCAACCAGCUAUACCAGCGGCAUCCCUGGCAUGAUGGCGACCUUUGGUAUCCACUCGAAAACACUCGUCAUCCUCGGCAUCACCACCUACCUUGCAGGCCUUGCUCUUGGAUCGCUUUUGCUGGCACCUCUAAGCGAGAUGUAUGGCCGCAGGCCAGUCUAUCUCAUCGCUGUAGCUACUUUCACCAUCCUCAUCAUACCAUGCGCACUGUCGAACAACCUCGUCCAGAUCCUCGUCAUGCGCUUCUUCGGCGCCAUCGCUGGCGCAGCAAUGAUCUCGAAUGCCCCUGGAACCGUGUCCGACAUCGUCAGCGACGACUACCGCGCCCUCGCCUUCUCAAUCUGGAGCAUCGGCCCCAUGAAUGGACCCGUCAUCGGCCCUCUCGUCGGCGGCUUCGUGUACCAAGCCCUAGGCUGGCGAUGGACGAACUGGGUUGUCAUGAUCGGCUCUGGAACGUCGUGGUUCAUGGUCUUCCUCAUCAAAGAAACAUACGCGCCUGCCAUACUCCGCGCUAAAUCCGCAAAGAAACGUAAAGAAACAGAUGAUAGUCGCUGGCACUCGCGCUACGAUGACAAGAAAGCCUUCUUGCCCAUGCUGCGCGAGAACUUGUAUCGGCCACUGUCAAUGGCGAUCAACGAGCCUAUUUGCAUCUUCUGGAACGUCUAUAUCGCUCUCGUGUACGGCGUGCUGUAUCUCUGCUUUGUCUCGUACCCCAUUGUAUUUUCCGAGCUGCGCGGUUGGUCGCCCGGUCUGACCGGACUAUCGUACAUGGGCAUCGGAAUCGGCGGGAUGUGUACCAUCCUUAGCGAGCCCUUGCUGCGCAAGAUGAUCAACAAGCACCCCAAAGAUCCAGAGACUGGGAAACCUUACCCAGAGGCGAUGGUCAGCGUGGUGUGUCUUGCAGCUAUCUCUGUCCCGGUCGGAGAAAUGAUUUUCGCGUGGACGUGUACGCCAAAUGUGCAUUGGAUUGCACCACUCCUCGCGGGCAUACCUUUUGGCGCCGGCAACUGCGGUGUGUUCAUCUAUGCCUCUAACUACCUUGUUCAUUCGUACGGCAUCUACGCCGCAUCGGCGCUGGCCGGCAACGCUGUGCUGAGGAGCAUGAUGGGCGGCACGCUGCCUCUCGCUGGACCGAAGAUGUACGCAACCCUCGGCCCCCACUGGUCCGCAACAAUGCUCUCCCUGAUCGAAUUCGCCAUGAUCCCCAUCCCACUCGUCUUCUACCGCUACGGGCACAAGAUCCGCGAGAAGAGCGCUUUGAUCCGGCAAAUGCGCGAAGAUCGCGACAAACUCGAUAGCAAGAAACAGAGGGCCGCUGAGAAGGUGGCGAGGAGGGAAGCUGGGGAGAAAGGCGAGGGGGUAGAGAAGGAUAUGGAAGUGUAG